AGGAGUGAUUUUGUGCGAAAAAAAACACAUUUUCACGACUUUGCCUGCGCGGUGGAGUCCAACCACAGGACAGGUAGAGCAGGUGAGGUGUCAGGUUUCAGUUUACUGGCGACUCUACUGAACAUUUCAGAAGGUCUCGGCUGAACUCUUUACCCACACUUCUGCAAAACAGGCUCCUUCAAAAGAAAUGGCCCACAAGUACGACGGCUUGUCCCACUGCAAGCUGGCCUUGGUCUUCGCGGUGCUGAUGGACCUCCUGGGGGUGAUCUCCCUGCUCUUGGGGGUCUUCGCCCCCCUGGAGAUCCGCGGACGAGACUUCGGGGAUCUCCUGGUGUACUCGGGGGCUCUGCUGGUGCUGCUGUCCUUGGCGGGCUGGGUGCUGUGGUACAGCGGCAACAUCGAGGGCCUGACGUCCAGGAAGGAGCUGGGGGACCCCAUGGGCGGAGCCGUGGACCGCCUGGCUCGGUCCCUGAGCAGGAGGAUACGUCUGCCCAGGACACACAGCAGCCCGACGUAGACGCGCGCUUCAAACGCCGCCCAAGGAGCGCCAUUGCUUCAAAAAAUAAAUUUCAAUACGAGGCUGAAGUUAGCUUCUUCUUCAAAAGGGGCCGAUACUGAUGCUCGAUACCAGACUGAUAUCUUUCACUUGAAAU